AUGUGCCUGAAUCUUGACAAAGCACAGUAAGGGGAGACCUUGGCAAAUGCUUCAGGUGGGCCACAGCCCUUCCCUUCUACAGAAGGAGCCGCUGGAGCAGGCGCCAUGCUGCUGUGCUCUUUGACCCUCACCUUCAUCUGGCUGGUGGUUUCUGGCCUUGAGUGCAACAUGAAGGAAGUUUGUCUUGGAAGCCCCGGCAUCCCUGGUACUCCUGGACCCCAAGGCCUGCCAGGAAGAGAUGGGAGAGAUGGCAUCAAAGGAGACCCUGGACCUCCAGGCCCCAUGGGCCCCCCUGGAGGAAUGCCAGGCCUCCCUGGGCGUGAUGGGAUGAUUGGAGCCCCUGGCCGCACUGGAGAGCGUGGAGAAAAGGGAGAGCCUGGUGAGAGGGGUCCUCCAGGGCUUCCAACUUAUCUAGGCGAGGAGUUCCAGAGCAUACUCCAUGAGAUCAGCCAUCAAAUCCUGCAGUCGAUGCGUGUCCUCAGUUUGCAGGGGUCCAUGGUGGCCGUGGGAGAGAAGGUCUUCUCCACCAAUGGGCAGUCGGUCAGUUUUGAUGCCAUUGAAGAGUCGUGUGCCAGAGUAGGUGGACGCAUUGCUGCCCCAAGGAGUCCAGAGGAGAAUGAGGCCAUUGCAAGCUUCGUGAGGAAACACAAUACUUAUGCUUACCUGGGCCUGGCUGAGGGUCCCACUGCUGGAGACUUCCACUACCUGGAUGGAACCCCUGUGAAUUACACCAACUGGUACCCAGGGGAGCCCAGGGGUCGGGGCAAAGAGAAGUGUGUGGAGAUGUACACAGAUGGCCAGUGGAAUGACAGGAACUGCCUGCAGCACCGACUGGCCAUCUGUGAGUUUUGAGCAGGCACUGGGGCCACAGGAUGGAGAGGGUCCUGCCUUGCCUUUCAGCCUACAUCCUGGGGAAUCCACCUGGUCUAUGAGGUGCUGUAACACCUUUGUGGCUGUAAGAGUUGGAGGCACCUUAGCCACUCCACUCCCAGGUGGGCCCUGACUCCUCCCCCUUGAUUACUAAUCAGUCUGACUCCCCCUGGAGCCCCUUCUCAGCUUUGCACUCUGGACAGCCACUCUAAACUUGCCCUUUGGCAAGAGAUGGAGGUUUCUUUCUUCCUCUUCUUGUCCAACUCCUUCAUUUACAGAUGGCAACAGUGAGGUCCUGGGAUGGAGGUUCCCUCCAAAAGCACACACGGGGUGCCUGCUUCCUGGCCCCUCUACUCUUUCUUUGCAGCCCACUGCCUGUCCAGCCUUAUCAAGAUUUAGCUGUGCUGCUCAAGCAUAAUGAUAGACGGGUGGACUUCUGGGAAAUUCCAAAUGUGUGGAGCUAAGGAUACAUUUGGGAUUAUCUGGCAGCCUGAGGUCUGUGGGGCACAUCUGCUCAGGCUCUCCAUGAGGUCAGAGGACCGGGUGGUGCCCCAGCAUGGUGGAGGCCAACCUACCCCUAGUGAUUGGCAUGUAUUAUCCACUCCCUUGACUCUUGGGGU